UCAUCUCUUUUCCCAACUAUAUAACAUAUAUCUGUUAAUAAGGAGAUUUUCAUCAUUCCUCACCCGCUGCUCAUACAUCACCAAAUUCACCACGACGGCCAUGGAUGCACCCAACUCGCGGAUCACCAGUCCACAACAGCGAAGCAUCCUCGCCAAGCGCAUCGGUAAGGAGGUCGUCGCCGUCAGGCCUCUUAAUCGAGAACCGGCCGGAGGCAAUGCUAGAGACGACGAGGGGGAGAUAAUGGGGUGGCUGGAGGGGAGGGAGAGGGGCUCAGUGGUGUUCGUGUCGUUCGGGAGCGAGUGCUUCUUAUCGAAGGAGGAGAUGGAGGAGAUGGCGCGCGGGCUGGAGCUUGCGAGCGAAGAAGUGGGGUUCGUGUGGGUGGUGAGGUUUCCUGGAGGAGACGGGGAGACGGUGAGCCUCGUUGAAGCCUUGCCUGAAGGGUUCUUGGAGAGGACAGAGGAUAGAGGCAUGGUGGUCCAAGGAUGGGCUCCUCAGGCCAAGAUCCUCAUGCACCCGAGCAUAGGUGGGUUUGUGAGUCACUGCGGUUGGAGCUCCGCAUUGGAGGCAAUUGUCUUCGGCGUACCCAUCAUAGCCAUGCCAAUGCACCUUGAUCAGCCCUUGAACAGCAAACUGGUGGCAGAUCUUGGGAUUGGCGUGGAGGUCCAGAGAGAAGACGGCAGGUUCCAAGGGGAGGAUGUGGCGAAAGCGAUCAAGCAAGUGGUGGUUCAAGAAGAAGGCGAGCAAGUCCGGAGAAGGGCGAAGGAACUGAGUGCGAGGAUCAGGGAGAGGCGAGAGGAGGAGACGAGCGUAGCGAUGAAGAAGCUGGAACGACUUUUUGGAGAAGAACAACUUUUGAUCUUGGCGAGACUGUGACUUGACAUGAUUGGUGGACCAAGAUUCGGAUUUGCUGGUUGAUGGCAUAAUUGAUAGAGUUGGCGGCAUAAAUAAGAGGAGGAAUCGAUGCGUUUCGAAUGAUGUUUCACGAAUCUGAUCUGGUUCUUGAUCUUUUCCGAACUCUUCAAUUUCCCCGGUUAAAGCAAAAAAGACAUAAAAACAAGAAGGCUGUCCAGA